AGGGGAGGGGAGAGGAGAAAUGGCCAAUAGGAAUGGGAGCGACGACCAGCACGGCGAGGUGGAGAACGCCCCUCCCGCGGAGCCGAACGACGAAGAGGACUCUUUGCUGAUGCGAGUCAAUGCGUAUCUCGGCGAUGCCCCUCCCGUCCCCGAUCCGGCCGAAGUGGAGGACGCCGAGAGCUCGCCGGUGUGGCUGGCCGUGGAGGAGAGCAUCCGGCAGCACACGAGGCCCGCAUUGGAGGAGGCGGUGAAGCAGGCGAGGGCGGAGGCCUCGGCGCAGGCGACGCGGGAGCUGCGCAUGGAGCUCCAGGCCCUGGCACAGGAUAGCUCCGCCCGGAUGGAGCGCUUCAAGGUGGAGCUGGAUCAGGAGAGGGCCAGGGUCGCGGAGCUCAGGGAGGAGCUCGCCAUCGCCAAGGCUCAGGCCGUGGAGUCCAAGAUCAAGGCCAAGCUCAUGCUCGACUUCGCGCUCAACGAAAGGCUGUUCAUCUAAAAGCUCCCUUCUCUUUAGUUUUAGUGCCUUUAAUUUUGACCUUUAAGACUGGUCUACGUUUAAGGGGAAAGGGAAUAUGCUUUUGUA